CCGAGCGGCCACACCCUGUGUGUGUCUCUGUCCUGCCAGCACCGAGGGUUCAUCCAUCUGCAGAGCCCGGGGUUGCUGGGAGCAGACGCCAUGACCCCCGCCCUCACAGCCCUGCUCUGCCUCGGGCUGAGUCUGGACACCAGGACCCACGUGCAGGCAGGGCCCCUCCCCAAACCCGCCCUCUGGGCUGAGCCAGGCUCUGUGAUCAUCCGGGGGAGCCCCGUGACCAUCUGGUGUCAGGGGAACUCGGAGGCCCAGGAGUACCGUCUGCAUAAAGAGGGAAUCCCAGAGCCCUGGGACACACAGAACCCACUGGAGCCCAGGAACAAGGCCAGAUUCUCCAUCCCAUUCAUCACAGAGCAGCAUGCAGGGAGAUUUCGCUGUCACUAUUAUAGCCCUAUGGGCUGGUCAGAGCGCAGUGACCCCCUGGAGCUGGUGGUGACAGGAUUCUACAGGCUGAGUCUGGACACCAGGACCCACGUGCAGGCAGGCUCUGUGAUCAUCCGGGGGAGCUCCGUGACCAUCUGGUGUCGGGGGACCCUGGAGGCCCAGGAGUACCGUCUGGAUAAAGAGGGAAUCCCAGAGCCCUGGCGCACACAGAACCCACUGGAGCCCAGGAACAAGGCCAGAUUCUCCAUCCCAUUCACGACAGAGCACCAUGCAGGGAGAUUUCACUGUUACUAUCUCAGCCCUGAAGGCUGGUCAGAGCGCAGUGACCCCCUGGAGCUGGUGGUGACAGGAGACCUGCAGGGCCAGGACGGGAGAAGGAACAGGCGUGGGAGGAACCAGCCCUCUGAGUCCCGGCUCCUCUUUCCUACAGGCGUGUCUAGGAAGCCCUCCCUCCUGACCCUGCAGGGCCCUGUCGUGGCCCCUGGAGAGACCCUGACCCUGCAGUGUGGCUCUGAUGCCAGCUACGACAGAUUUUCUCUGUACAAGGAGGGGGAACGUGACCUCCUCCAGUGCCCUGGCCAGCAGUCCCAGGCUGGGCUCUCCCAGGCCAACUUCACCCUGAGCCCUGUGAGCCGCUAUGACGGGGGCCAGUACAGAUGCUACGGUGCACACAACCUCUCCUCCGAGUGGUCGGCCCCCAGCGAUCCCCUGGACAUCCUGAUCUCAGGACAGUUCUAUGACACGGUCUCCCUCUCGGUGCAGCCGGGCCCCACGGUGGCCUCAGGAGAGAACGUGACCCUGCUGUGUCAGUCAUGGCGGCAGUUCCACACUUUCCUUCUGACCAAGGAGGGGGCAGCCCAUCCCCCGCUACGUCUGAGAUCAAAGUACCGAGCUCACCAGCACCAGGCUGAAUUCCCCAUGAGUCUUGUGACCUCAGCCCACACGGGGACCUACAGGUGCUACGGCUCACUCAGCUCCAACCCCUAUCUGCUGUCUGUCCCCAGUGACCCCCUGGAGCUCGUGGUCUCAGGACCCUCUGGAGACUCCAGCCCCCCACCCACAGGGCCACGCUCCACCCCUGAAGGCCUUGAGGACCAGCCCCUCAACCCCUCAGGGUCAGGCCCCCAGAGUGGUCUGGGGAGAUACCUGGAGGCUUUGAUUGGGGUCUCAGUGGCCUUCAUCCUGCUGCUCUUCCUCCUCCUCUUCCUUGUCCUCCGACGUCAACGUCAGAGCAAACACAAGAUAUCGGACCAGAGGAAGACUGAUUUCCAGCGUCCUGCAGGGGCUGCGGAGCCAGAGCCCAAGAACAGGGGCCUGCUGAGGAGGCCCAGCGCAGCUGCUGCCGUCCAGGAAGAAAACCUCUAUGCUGCCGUGAAGGACACACAGCCUGAGGACGGGGUGGAGCUGGACAGUCGGGCUGCUGCAUCUGAAGACCCCCAGGAUGUGACCUACGCCCAGCUGCAGAGCUUGACCCUCAGACGGGAGGCAACUGAGCCUCCUCCAUCCCAGGAAGGGGAACCUCCAGCUGAGCCCAGCGUCUACGCCACCCUGGCCAUCCACUAGCCCGGAGGGGACCCAGACCCCACACUCAGCAGAAGGAGACUCGGGACUGCUGAAGGCACGGGAGCUGCCCCCAGUGGACACCAGUGAACCCCAGUCGGCCUGGACCCCUAACACAGACCACGAGGAGAUGCUGGGAACUUGUGGGACUCACCAAAGAUGACUAAUAUCGUCGCAUUUUGGAAAUAAAGCAACAGACUUCUCAAUAAUCAAUGAGUUAAUAAGAAAAAAAAAAAAAAAAAA